AAGCCACACAGUGAUAGCCAUACGCGGCGCGAGUAGGGACAGGCCGCUGUGGUAUAAAUUCACUCUUGGAAGCUGUGGCGCAGUUUCCUAUCUGUCAAUCUAGAUACAAACAAACAAUCAGUCAAUCAACAUGGCACGUACCAAGCAGACUGCACGCAAGUCUACUGGAGGCAAGGCUCCCCGCAAGCAGUUGGCCACCAAGGCAGCACGUAAGUCUGCCCCUGCUACCGGAGGUGUCAAGAAGCCCCAUCGUUACAGGCCUGGAACUGUCGCCCUUCGUGAGAUCCGUCGUUACCAGAAGAGCACAGAGCUCCUGAUCCGCAAGCUGCCCUUCCAGCGUCUUGUCCGUGAGAUUGCCCAAGACUUCAAGACUGACCUCCGCUUCCAGUCGUCUGCUGUCAUGGCUCUGCAGGAGGCCUCCGAGGCUUACCUGGUUGGCCUUUUCGAGGACACCAACCUGUGUGCCAUUCACGCUAAGCGCGUGACCAUUAUGCCCAAGGAUAUCCAACUUGCUCGUCGUAUUCGCGGAGAGCGCGCCUAAGCUUUUGGUUGCUUGCUUGUUUCCUUGCAUCCCAAAACCAACCUUGGCCCUUUUCAGGGCCUAAAUAAGUCCACAGAGAGAUUAAAAUGCGGCAUUUAUUGUUGUGUUCAACAUUUUAAAUCAUCAAUCAAUCAAUCAAUCAAUCAAUCAAUCACCGUGACAGUUACAAUAUGUAUAUGUAUAUAUACAUAUUGUAAUACAUAGUUUGUAUACAUACUUUGGGUUGUAAGCUGUAGAAACCUAGCAUAGCCUUUGUAAGUGAACUGCAUCACAUAAUACAUCCUACUUAAUGUAAACGUUAUAUGAAUCUGAUUAGAUUUAUCUUUUGAAUAAAGAUAACAACGAUAU